UAAAAUGAAAUCGAAGAGUGGUCAGUUAAUUGUGGUAUUGGAGGAGAGUUCACACUCACAGUAACAAAAUGUUGGUUCCUAUAAUUGUAGUCACUCCCAUAGAUAUAUACCACCAUACCAAACUACUCAGACGCAGCAUAGGUACGCAAGUUUAGGCCUAGAACUCAAUUAUUGACGACAAUUGAUAAUUUACGUAUAUAUGUAGAUACUGCUAAAGAAGUGUUCAUUACAUACAAAAUUAGUAUGGCUCAUGUGUAGUGGGUUAGUGAGUAGGUGUAGCACCUAGCACUCAACUCAGAAAACAUGAAAAUAAGUAUCAAAGUAUUAUCUUCGAAUCCGCAAACUAUUACUUCUCAGGGUUUCUAUUUCCAUGGUUUGAGCAUGCCUCGGCGAGCAGUGAUAAUACUGCCCACUUAGGGUCUGAACUGAAUGAUAGCCAGUUAUCCAAUUGAUCUGCAAUAAGUUUAGUUUGCAACCUCGCUUGUGUUGGGCGAGCGACAGCACAAGGUAAACAAAACUGGCAAUAUGGACGCGAUCAUCAUGGCCUUACAGUUGCACAGCAUAUCUAAAAUGAAGAUUGCGGCCUUCCUCCUCCUACUAGUAAAUGACAGCCACAACAAGGACCUACUAGUUGGCAGCACUGAUAACAGCACAUUAACAUACAUGGAGGUAGCUUAUAACAAUGCUGAGCCUGCAAAGUCUUGGGAGGAUGAUGUUAUAUACUUCUCCGGUAAGGUGGAUAAAACAAUUAAGGCCAUAAAGGUGCAGGAUCUGGAUGAAACCAAUGAAAAGGACAUUGCUAUUAUCAUUGCAGGCGGAGUGGCACAUAAUUUUGUCAAUAUAAGCCUAAAGAGUGACCCAGGAUACAGCCUUAAUUACAAAAUUGAAAUAUACUCAUAAAUAUUCAAAGUAACAUUCUCAAUUUAUUUUCUACAGAAAAUAGGAUAU